AGUAUCAACCACUUGUGCGUUGCCAGUUGCCAGUCAGUACCGAACCAUCGACUAGUUAACACGCCACUGCGUGCCAACACCGCACAACUGUGGCGUGACACUGAAAAAGCCGGCUGUGCACGGGUUGAAAAGUGACAGUGCAAACUAGAGUGAAGAAAAUAGUGUUCAGGUUUAAUUCCUGUGGACUUAAUCGAUAUAAUUACUUCGACUUGAGAUUAUCGACACGAAAUUGCACGAUUUUUAAAGAAGUGCAAGCAGUGGAAUGCCAUCUUCAUAGCACCCAUUUUAAUUAAGUGGACUGUUUCUACAAAGAUGACAUCGCUUCAAUCAUAUCUCUUCUUCGUCGUGGCUUCCUUGCUCCUGAGUACAUCUUCUGGUGCUGUCUGCCCGGAUAGCUGUGUAUGCAGUACCACAAGGGAUGGUUUGCAUCGGGCAACUUGCAGUAACAUAGGCGAACUAUAUAAAUAUACAUUGCGCCAGAAACAUCAUAAUAUAAACAUUCUUGAUCUUUCUCAUAACAAUAUCUCUAAAAUAACUCAUGAAUUAGAUCGGCUUACCGAAAUUGUCACUCUCGACUUAUCCACAAAUGGUCUUACUGACAUCAAUAAAUUUUUAUACAACAACAAAAAGAUUGUUCAUAUGAAUUUAGCUAACAACAGAAUAAAAUUUAUGUCUUUAAAGUAUCUACCUAAGAGUAUUAGCUCCUUAGAUCUUACAAACAAUCUACUACAAGAUGUACCAUCUGAUAUUGACUAUUUAUUGACCUUGGAGCAUUUAGAACUUGAAGGAAAUCCUUUACACUGUACUUGCAAUAACUUUAUUGCUCGAGAUCAAUUACUAGCCUCUAAUGUAUUUAUUGAUGAUGUUAAGUGUCAUUCACCAGCACAGUUAAAAGGUCGAUCAUGGUUGAAAUUAAAAACAAAGGAUGUUUGUAAAUCGUCCAAACUAGAUUAUUUAGAUAUGAUGUUAGGAGACCAACCAUUUGAUGCAAUUAAAGUUGGAGAAGAAACGACGGCACUAAAAUCAAUGCCACUUGUUGCAAGUAGUGAUUUAGAAGACGGAAAUAUCAUUCACGGUGCUGAUAUGGUCGAAGACGAUGAUAGUGUACAAUUUAUGAAAGUGGGACGCUUAUCAUCGUCUUCUCCAAUAGAUAAUAUAGAGGGUUCAGGUGAAGCUGAAAGUACUACGAUGAGUGAAAUUAUUGAACCUGCUAUUGAGCACAAAAUGUAUAAUAGUCUCCUAGCUAAGGAAGAAGUAUUACCUGUUACUAGCAUUCAAAGUACUACUGAGGAUCCUAUAGAGGGUUCAGGAGAGGGUUCAGGUUACUUUGCUCUUGAAUACGAUGAAAUAACAGAAAAACCGGUGGAAACUACUACUGCUACAUUCGAAGAACUUAAUCCCGAACCUGUUCAUAAAAUAUUUACAGAUGAUGACGAUGAUACAAAUGGAACGACAUCAGAAUUUCCAAUUCCAAUGCCACCAUCUGUUUAUGCAGGAGGAUCUGACUGGCAUAUGAAUAGAAAUGCUGAUGAUGAUGAGGUCACAGAAAAAGCCGUCACUCCUCCAUUAACUAGAGAUACUACUAUUUCGGAGCAAAUAAGAAUAACACAAGCUUCAGAAGUACUUGGACAAGUGCCAAGUUCUGAGGAAGUGAUUAAUCCUCAAAAAACUGGAACUUACGUUUGCAUUGCAUUAAUAGUUGUUUUGCUAGUAGGAUUAAUUGGAUUUGCAAUUGUGAAAGGUCAAAUACGAAAACGAAGAGAUCGAAGAUUAUUGCGACAACAGAAACGGGAUGUUGAAAAGGCGUCAAAGGAAAUGGUAGAUAUGAAUAAAUCACUGUUAGGUAAGCCUGCACCUAUUGAAACACCUAUGGACAAGAAGGUUAACGGGAAAUAUGAAUUGGUGCCCACCCACGAAAAUAAUUGGAAGAAAAAUGAAAAUGGAGAUUUAGGAAAUGGCCUAAAGCACGAAGAUAAUAAAGAGCCAAGAACCGACAGUCCCAGAGAUACCAAUCAAAAUAAGAGUAGUUCAAAAGAUAAUAACCUUGUUGAUGAACCACUGACCCAACUAGAAACAUCAUUCGAGUCUGAACCAGCAUCACCUUCUUCGGGAAAAGGUAGAAAUUCCUUAUCGAGUGAAGAUAUUUUCGUACCCAUAGAUGACGAACCACAAAUACUAAUUGGUAAUGCAGAUUCACAUACGUCACAGCCUUUAUUAAAUGGAGAUAGGAACACUGACUCCGAUUAUUUAUCACCGUCCCGUGAAUACGCUCCCGUAUAUUCUCCUGACAUGGGAAGAGUUCGUAUAAAAAUGUCGGAAACCCCGAAACCGAAAACACCAGUGCUAGUCACAAGGAGUAGAUCUAAUGCAGGGGACAUUAUAAUAACGCCAUCACUCGAAGGUCAGAAUAAAUUUAAAUCUACUACCUGAAGUUCAGUGUGAUUGUUGAGGACAAUGCGGGAUUGCGUAUUUGGGUGUCAUUUAACAAACAUUUCACUAUUGGCUAAAUUCUGUGAUCAAUUCGUGAGAGUGUCAAUGAGAAACUGUUGCGUUUGCUGAUAUUUAAUGGUAAUGACUGUGUAUUAAGAGCUGCCAAAGUGUGUUUGUAGUCGACAGUGCCUUAAUUUUAACUUUUUAGUAAGUAAAUAUAUUUAUGGAGGUUAUUGCGAUAGGCAAAGACAUGAUGUAUUUUUAUACGUGUGAAAAUAGUUGCCAUUGUACAUCUGACUCAAGUGUCGGUCGGUUAUUAUCAUAAAAUUUUUAAUCGUCAUUUGUUUAGUAUUUAAAUUACUGUCAUAUUUAUUUCAACAGAUUCUUUUUGAAGGUUGUGUACUUACACGUUGCGCUGCAGCAGUAAUAUUAGCAAGAUCCUUAAUGAUUUCUUUGAAAUAGUAUAUUAUUUUGAGAUGUCUGUUCAAAACAAUUUAAAAAUAAUCCAUAUGACUGCAUUAUACAAUUUUAUUAAAAUUACAACAGUUUCAAUCAAUAUCAUAUUGUAAUAUUAAAGCCCGCGAUUGGUGGUUCGGUAUUUCGAAAAGUAAAUGAAUAUUUAAAGAUGAUUUGAAUAUGUUUAAAAUUUAUGUGAAUGGCUAUUUAAUGUAUGAAAGAUACAUACGUAAUUAUUAAAUUCUAGUAAAAUAAAUGAAUAUUCGAAACAGGAUCAAUGUUUAGUAUUUUGGUGAAAGGGUUUGAAAAUAUUACUGUGAAAUUUAUUUUUCAUAUAAAUGAAUCUAGUUACUAUAUCUUGAUAAGUUCUCUACCAUUCUUCGCCGUAUUCUAAUCGUUUUCAACGUUGAUUUAGUUCCUUUAAGUAAUUUUAUUAUUAGUCUUUAAGAUUGUGAUACCAUUUAUUGUAAGUAAUAUGCGCUAAAAUAAUUACGUAUUAUAUUGUAUGCGUAUUGCAAUUAUUAAAAUGUUUAUUUUUAUAUAAGUGAAGUUAAAUGUUUACGUUUUAAUUGAACAAAUUCAGUUUCUUGUGCCUGUGUUUGAUACGUUGUGCCCGUGACUUAUUUAAUAAACACCAUAUUAUAUUUUGUUUGUAUAAAAGAAUUUAAUUGAUAAUAAUUAAAAACAAGAACAACUGAUUAUUCCAAUGUAAAAAGAUUUAUAUAAAAUAUGUAAUUUUAUUUUUAACGAUAUAAAAUGUUGAUCGAUA